AUGGUGGCCGACAGGACCAAGAAGUUGAAGGUUUCCGAAAAGGGCGAGAACCUCGACGAAAUCGACGGAGAACUCGUCCUCUCCAUCGAGAAGUUGCAGGAGAUCCAAGACGAGCUCGAAAAGAUCAAUGAAGAAGCCAGCGACAAAGUUCUCGAGAUAGAGCAGAAGUACAACGAGAUAAGGAAGCCCGUUUAUGACAAGCGGAAUGAUAUUAUCAAGUCAAUUCCUGAUUUUUGGUUAACUGCUUUUUUGAGUCAUCCUGCUCUUGGUGAUCUUUUGAACGAGGAAGAUCAGAAGAUAUUUAAGUAUUUGAGUUCUCUUGAGGUUGAAGAUUUUAAAGAUGUCAAAUCAGGCUACUCAAUCACCUUUAAUUUCAACGCCAAUCCCUAUUUUGAAGAUACAAAACUUGUAAAGACUUAUACAUUCCUUGAGGAGGGAACAACAAAAGUCACUGCCACUCCCAUAAAAUGGAAGGAGGGCAAGGGCAUACCCAAUGGAGUCAACCAUGAGAAAAAGGGGAACAAGCGGGCUCCUACUGAUAUCAGCUUCUUUAGUUGGUUUAACGACACUGAGCAGAAAGAUGAAAUUGAUGACAUCCAUGAUGAGGUUGCAGAAUUGAUCAAGGAUGAUUUAUGGCCAAAUCCACUUACUUAUUUCAACAAU